UGCUGUUGCUAUAAGCUGCUAGGCUACGACUCUAUUGCUCUGAGCCUAUUAUAGUCUGUAUGAGUUUUCUCGCAAUCCUCACCUCACAGCCUGUAUGCGUACCUGUCUUCUUCUUUAAAGGGCUUGAUUUUGUCGCAUUAAUUUAAUUCCUGUCCUGUCCUCUCCUCUCCAUAAUUACAUUCUUCAUUUUUCAUUUCUUUAGUAAUACAUACAAAAUUUUAGGCUCUCCUUCCCGGCUAUGGGCGGGGACGGCUUCAACAACUUUCACUUUCUUGUAUCGGGCUUUUCGUUUUUCUGGAAAUUUGAGCUGUUUUUCUAAAAUGGGGUGUUCUUGAAUUCACAGAUGGGUGUUGAAAAGCGUGUAAAGAUUUGACUUUGGAUGGUAUACAUAGGCGAAUUGAACUUCUAGCUAGGCCUUUCAGCUCUAUAUAGUCCGGUUUCUGCAUAGCAUAGCGCCGCUCGUGCACUGCCCAAAAAUCCCUUUUCUUGACUCGCCAGAUCUCGAGGUGCCUCCGCUUGCUUGCUUCGUACUUUGGUGGCUGCCUGUGCCUGAAUUCGAUCUGAAAGUUUUCACCUUUUCUUCGUCCGCCAUCUUCUUACCUCUCACUACUUUGAUUGGGUCAAUACAGAGAACUUGGAGAAAAUUGUUGUUUUUGUAGUGUACAUAUGUAUAUGUACAUGUCAAAGCAGCGGCCACAAUCAUAGGAGGAGUCGGUGAUACUGUUUUAUUUUGCCGGUGUCUGUGCAGUGAACUCGAGGUACAAAAAACCAAGUCAUCGCUUCGUUUCUGUUUGAUUGGUUUAUCGCAUUAUUUUAUAGUGUGAACAAGACAAUAUUAUAGUUCGACAGUCUGGGCUUAGUCAUUGGUUCCUCGCACAAGGACAUUUUCUUUUGAGUAAAAUAUUUCUGGAAUUCGCAUGCUGUUCAUACAUUUAACUGUUUCCUGGACUAUGAUCAGUGGAAUUUGGGUUUCUUUACAAAAGGGUUUUCAUUUUGAAUUUAGUGGGGUUUGAUGUGGAAUUCUGGUUUUGAGAACACUGCAAGAAAUGCAGAAUUUUGAUGAAGGAGAAGAGGAGGAGGUGUUCUUCGAUUCAAUCGAGUGUUUGUCAUUGGAGGCGGAGGAAUCUGGGUAUGAUCUUUGGUUGAAAGAGCCACAGAGUGUGAAGGAAAGACGAGAGAGAUUUCUGCGCAAAAUUGGGACUACUUCAGAACCAGAAUAUAAGUUUGUAAGUGGUUCUGAACCUAUGGUUUCAGAGAGGAUUCAUGAGUGCUCCAGUGGAGCAGAAUGUAGUAGUAGUAGCUCUUCUGCUUCUUCACCUGUUGCCAGAAGAGAGGAAGCUUUAUCGUGUGCCGGGAGAGAUUGCAGCAGCGAUGCUCGUUCUUCAGUUGAUGAUGAUCUUGCUGAAAGUGCCCCCCCUCCCCCUGCCUUGAAAACCAAGAAGAGGAGAUGGUGGAAAGCCUUGCUGCAUAAGAUGAAAUGCAGAAAUGGUGCCACUGAUGUAUCCGAGAAGGCGCCCACAGGGAAAGGAGGUCUAUUAAAGGUGCAUCAGAGCAGGAAAAAGUUCAUGGAAUUCACUGCAAUAUAUGCUGGACAAGAGAUUGGGGCUCAUUGUGGCCUAAUUAGGACAAUCAAGUUUAGCCCUGAUGGGCAGUACUUGGCAAGUGGCGGUGACGAUGGGGUCGUUCGCAUUUGGCAUGUCACCGCCAUUGAUGCCUCCUCCCAGCUUGUCAGGCGCACCACCGUCUCCAGUCCCCACCAUCGAACCAAGAAAUCAUCUCCCAGCACCGCUAAGCUCCCCGAGAAAAUCUUCCAAAUUGAAGAAACACCAAUUCAUGAGUUCCAUGGCCAUACUGCUGGAGUUUUGGACCUUUCAUGGUCCACAACCAAUUCUCUUCUCUCUGCAUCUAAAGAUAACACCGUUCGUUUAUGGAAAGUCGGGUCUGAUGAAUGCCUUGGCGUCUUCCAUCAUAGUAACUAUGUAACGUGCAUCCAAUUCAACCCCGUUGAUGAAAACUUUUUCAUCAGUGGAUCCAUAGAUGGAAAAGUACGCAUUUGGCGAGUGACAGAAAAGCGAGUUUCUGACUGGGCUGAUGUAGAAGAUAUAGUAUCUGCUAUAUGUUACCAGCCAAAUGGCAAGGGUUUUAUAGUUGGUUCUAUAUCUGGUAUCUGCAGAUUCUAUGAACAAGGAAUUGAGCUUUCCUUAGAUGCCGAGAUACACAUUGGUGGUAGAAAGAGAUCAAACAGCAACAUGAUCACUGGCAUUCAGUUUUUGUUGAAUGAUUCUCAGAGAGUCAUGAUUACAUCUGGGGAUUCUAAGAUCCGUAUUCUUGAUGGGCACGAGGUUGUCUGUAAAUACAGAGGUCUGUCAAAAUCUGGAAGCCAGAUGUCAGCUGCAUUUACCUCGACUAGAAAACAUGUAAUAUCCGUUGGGGAGGACUCUCGCAUUUAUCUCUGGAACUACGAGGAUACGAGCUUCCAAGAAUCGAAGCAAGUGAAGUCAGAACGUUCGUGUGAGCAUUUCAUGUGCAAGAGUGUUUCUCUGGCAAUACCUUGGAUCGGGCAGGGUGCAAGAAAAAACGACUUAAUAAGCCGUGGGAGUUCCAAAUCUUGGUCACAGAUGCAAGAACAACAACAGCAGCAAGACGCCAUGCCUAAGAUUCGGGAUUCAGAAAGGUUCUCCCUGGGAAGUUGGUUCUCCAUGGAUAUCUCAUCCCGGGGCUCUGUUACAUGGCCUGAGGAAGUUCUUCCUCUGUCAUCUUCCCAUGUACCAACUGCAGAAAACGACGAUAAUCAACGACAACGGGUGCAGGAUUAUAAGACUCAGAUUCAGAACAGCACGCUGCAAUCUCCGGCCUGGGGUCUUGUUAUUGUGACUGCUGGCUGGGAUGGGAAGAUCAGGACAUUCCACAAUUAUGGAUUGCCUGUUAGGAUUUAGGAGUUUUGGUCUGCUUCACUAAAGAUCUCUCAACGCCAAAUCACAAAUCGAAAAUGCAUAUAUCAAGUGUUUAAUUUGUAAAGUUCAGUAGAUUCCAUCCAGUUCAUUGAUACAGUGUAUACUCGAGCUUUAGCAGAAUGUUAAUAAUCUUAUACUAUUCAUUGCUGCAA